UAUCUAUAGAACGAUCUUCUGUCUCAAGUCUUUUAACAGAGCGCCAGGUUCGAUUGGAUCUUUGCUUACAACUGCGCCUUUUUGAAGCAGAUGUCCACUCGGCAAUGGAUUGUCUUCGCCAAGACGUCGUGCCUUCAAAUCUGCUGGCCUCCACAGAGGCAACUGCAUGCCCAGGUUGGUACCCAUUUAAUCACCUUGAAUGA